AUGGACGACGGCUGCGAUACUUUGUUAUCCCAAUUUUUAGAUACGGUAGAAACGGAAAUAAAAAUUGAAAAUUCUUUAGGUCAGUUAGGAAACCUAAACAUUUCACACUCUAUUGAUGCCUAUCUCGGGGAUGAAGAUUCUACACACAUGGACUAUCGGACUAUAAAUUUUGACUUGGGGAUUUUCUCGCGGGAGAAUUCAUUAGAAGAAAUUGAUGGUGACAUGAAAAUGGAAACUCUUGAAUGUGUUAACGAGUCACAGAAUGGAAGGUUUGCUGACGCUGUAUCAUAUGAUGAUUUGCGGCAGCUGAUUGACUCUCAGACAAAUCCUAAUACUCGGAAAAAUACGAAAUGGUGUGUUGAAAUGUUCAAUAAAUGGCGCGCAUCUCGAGAGAAUGUACCUUGGAUGAAGGAAAUGAACGCAGAAAUGCUGAAUUACUGGUUACAACGCUUUUUAUUGGAGGUACGUAAAUAG